AUGUCUGAAUGCUCCCUCAUUUUAUCCGGUGACUGUGGUGGCACGAACACGCGACUAUCGUUGUGGAACAUUCCUAAGAGUGCUAUUUGGCUCAAAGGUAAUGUCAUUCCUGGUGAAUCUAUCUUUGCCAAGAAAUACUUGAAUGAAGAGUACUCGAGCUUUGAUGAAGUCUGUCGUCUCUUCAUGAACGAAGCCACCCAGCUCAUUGAUGACGUUCCUGAGGCUUGUGUCCUGGCUUGUGCCGGUCCUAUUCUCAACAACACUGUGGACUUUACGAACGUCGAGUUUGGCUGGAAAAUUGAUGGUAGUAGUCUUGAAAAGCAGUUUGGCAUCAAACACGUAAAGCUCAUCAACGACUUUGCUGCCAUGGGGUACGGGCUGCUGACGCUGCGUCCACAUGAGUACAUUGUGCUAAAUGAUGCACCCAAGGACGAGAGUGCUCCUAUGGCUACAAUUGGUGCUGGUACGGGUCUGGGUGAAUGUUUCUUGACCCCUGAUUCCGGUGGUCAGUAUUCGUGCUUUGCCUCUGAGGGUGGCCAUACGGACUUUGCCCCUGCUGACGAGAUCGAGAUUGAGCUAUAUAAUGAGAUUAAGGCUAAACUAGGCUGUCAUCAGCGCUUUUCCGUCGAACGUAUCGUGUCUGGACCGGGUCUUGCGACGAUUUACGCGUUUCUAGCGAGAAAGUUUCCUGACAAGGUGGAUUCUAACGUACAUGCAAAGUUUCUACAGGCAAAGACACAAAAGGGUCGAGUCGUUGGCGAGAAUGCAAAGACAAAUGAGCUAUGCAACCAAACAAUGGAGAUCUUUGUGGGUGCAUAUGGUCGUGAAGCUGGUAAUGCAAUGCUCAAGUAUUUGCCUCGUGGUGGAUUUUACAUUACAGGAGGUCUUGCACCAAAGAAUCUCGACUACUUUACCAAGAAGGAUCUUUUUCUAAACUCUUUAUUUGACAAAGGUCGUGUCAGUCCUGCUCUACGUGCAUGUCCAAUCUACUUGGUAUUGACGGAAGAACUUGGGGAACGAGGUGCUCAUUUCUACGCCUAUCAGUUGCUACACUCUUGUGUUUAA